GCCUGCUGCAUCAAACAACCACAAUCGCUCCUGUGCAAACAACGCCCCCUUCAUCCAAGGCACCACUCCUUCCAAACAUCGAUCUGGCAGUCCACCACCAAACAUGGAUAUUCAUCACCUCAUCCACCAGCAUGACCAGCCACUUCUCCAGCAGGACUACAUGCCCUUCACCACCAUCCCCGCCCCCGACCUGCCAGCAAUGCGCCUCAUCUGGCACCUCAGCCAGCUCGCCACCACCCUCACCACAGGCCUCAACACCUACCUCUCCCUCGAAGCCCUAGCGCGCGACACGCGCACCCACGGCCCGCUCAAACUCCCCCUCAACCCUCACAGCCCGACAUCCCACCCCAACUACGCCUCCGCCCUGCGCGCGCAAGCCACGCUCCUCGCCGACUUGACCCGCUCCCUGCUGCACGCCCGCGACGCCCUCCUCGCCCACCACGCCCCCUUCCACGCCAUCUGCGCCGCCGAGCUCCCUGCAUACCGCUCGCUGGUCGAUGCCGUGCAUUUCCUCCCUCUCACAAUGCAACUUAUUCCCGUGCCUGGAUCGCCUUUCAUGGACGCCGCUGCGCUCGAUGGGUUUGUGGUGUCGACGUUGCCCCGCGAGUCGUGCGUUCCUGAUUCGCAGUGUGUGGCGUUGUUGCGCGCGCGGUGUGAUCUGGCUGGUGAGCUUUUGGUGGGUUGUGGGGAGAGAGGGAUUGUGGGGCGGACGCAUGCGUGGAGGGAGGUGACGGAUAUGUUUGGGGCUCCUCCUGCGCCGUGGUAGGAAUAGGGGGUCUCAAUGGACGCUCUGGGAGGUAUUGGAAUGAUCGCUGUAGAAGAUCGCUACAGUAAUG